AUGUUCAAACAGACGAACUUAGAGCUUUGCCCCCUGCAGCUGUGUGUCCAGGUGCAUGGCACUCCCUCUGAGCAGGUACCCUGUGAGAGAGACACUGACCCAUGUGAGGAAGACCUGGAGCCACUGCACAUUAAAGAAGAACAGGAGGAGGAGCUGUGGGCUGCUGAGACUGGAGAAAACAAGGAUGCAACUGACACUAAAGACUCCUUGUUCAAUAUAAUUUAUGUGCAAAGGAGUGACAGUGAUGGAAGACAGACCACACAUCAAAACCAAGACAUUCAAUCUAAAGGAAACUGUUUCAAUUCAGAUGAACAUUUAAAUUCUGAGCCUGAUAGAGACGACAGUGAUGCAUUCCAGCCAACCGGUCACUGCCAGACAAGUGGAGUUGGUGAAGAUGAAUGGAGAGACUCUGGAGAAACUAGAGGUGACAGAAAGAAGCCACAACAAGCUGAUGAGACACCAGACAGGUUCUACACCUGCAGCAUAUGCAACAAGACCUUCAGGAUUAAGUCUAUCCUGACUCGCCACAUGAAGACCCACACAGGAGAGAAACCGUACAGCUGCAGUGUUUGUGGCAAAAGCUUCAUCCAGCGCUCGUAUCUACAGACUCACAUGAACUCGCACUCUGGACAGAAACCAUUCACAUGCCGCUUCUGUGGCAGAGGCUUCUCCCAGGUCGGGAACAUGAACGCCCACAUUAGAAUCCACACAGGAGAAAAACCUCACAGCUGCUCUGACUGUGGUAAAAGCUUCAGGGAGAAGGCAGAUCUUAUUAAGCAUCAAAUAAUUCACACAGGUGAAAAACCUUACAUUUGUUCUGUGUGUAAUAUGAAAUUCACCGCUCAGUCUAAUCUGACGCGCCAUAUUAAGACUCAUUCAGGGGAGAGGCCUUUUAGUUGCACCUCAUGUGGGAAAAGAUUCAUCCGUAAAUCUCAUUUGAUCAUUCAUAUAAAGACUCACGCAGCAGGAACUUUAUAGAAAUGUGUCUUUGAUCCAUGGUAUUGGUUCAGUAACAAGCAGGCAGAGUGGAUUUGGACUCGCAUCAGAAGAGUAAAAUGUCAAAAUAUUUAUAUGUUGUUUUAUUUUGAAAAUUUUGUGUACAAAUAAUUUUCACUACAAGUUGUUUACAUAUUAAUGUAAUGUAGAAUAAAGUACUCUGUCAGAUGUCAUACUGUGUGUGCUUUCAAAUGACACUUAUUUGCAGUCAAUUAUUAUUUUGUAAGAGAAAUUAAAGCAAGGGGGGCAUUUUUA